AUGGAGAGUGUCAGUGCUUCAACACAGGUGUUAUAUGCUCAAAGGGAGAAUAAUGCUGUAUAUAAAACAGAAUACGAGUUGGAUUUUUGGGAAGAAGUUAGAAGAAGAUGGAUGAUAGUUGGAGUCCUUUCAGCCGUUGCUAUGGCAGUUUUAACUUCACAUUAUGGAGCAUCCGGAGGUAUUUUCCAUACACAAUAUAUAGUAUAUAUUCCCCUUAUAUACAUAUAUUAUAAUGCGGGUCGUACACAAGUACAUGCAUGUCGUACUAGAUUGUACGCUUUGACAGUGCUACAUGCGCAUGUUGUUGGUUUAGCUUUAUCUGUGGUUACGGUUAAUGCUUUAUCUGUGGCAUUAGAUCGGAGAGUUAUUGAAGGUACAAUAUUGGCAUCAGUAGCACGCCCCUGCGCUUGGUUACCUCUUUCAUUUAAUAAAGAUGGCGUCACACCGACAAUUGUAGCUAUAAAUUAUACAAUGUCGUUUAUAUUUUCACCACUUGCUCACCUUUUCUUGUGUGGUCGAGUACCUUUACCAACAUUAAAUAAUUUUAUUAUAACGGUGCUAACAUCGUUAGUGCCGUUUGGAUUAGGAUAUUUAUCUCAUAAGACUGAAAUAGAUACAACCAGUACCAAAAUAUCUGCUUUAAUAGUGUUGUAUACAGAGUGUUGUAAUUUGUUGACGGAAGCUGAGGGAAGUUUGUACAUAACUGAUGUUAUGGCAACAUUGUUUCUCGUUAUAAGCUGGUUAUCUACAGUGGCUGCCUCUAGUUAUUUAUACGUGAGGUGCGGUCUGCUGACUUUGAAUGAGGCUUACAUGUUAUUAUUAAUUGCUACUCCAAAAUCCACCCAUAUUGAGUGGUUAUCGUCAUCUGUUUGCGCGUCGGGACUCGCGCGUCUUCCUGCAGUGUUCAUUGCGCCUGCGCAGGCUUUGCUACUCGCAGCUAUCACGUCCGAUUAUCAAAAUGGCGAUGAAUUGCCCAGA